GCGGGAGGGGUGCCGGACCCUGAAGGGGGGUUAGGAAGAACUCCCAGAAGACCCUCGCGAAAUGGGAAGCAUGGCACCUCCCAGCCACACUGCCCACCUCUUCCUCUCCUCUCAGGCGAUGGGUGUCACCCGUGAAUGAGAGGUAGUUAGUGUCCUUCUAGAAAAAGCAAUUAGGUGCAAUUAGCACACGGAGAAAAAUCAAUUGUUCCACAGUUCAUAGAGGGUCCUGCUGGCUGGGGGCACACUCAACACCUUCUAGGAACACUAAAUAAUCAUUAGCAACUGAUAAUCAUUAGAAAAGUAUGGGCUUAGGAAACCUGGAUCCCGGGGGACCACACAGUCCCCAGGGUGGAGACUGGAACAUUCAGCCUUCCACAUCACGGCAAACCCCAGCAGCCCAGCAGCGAGGUGAGCUGGAUGCCCAAGUCCCCCAGGGUCCCUGUGAGCUCCCUGUCUUCGGGCUCACAGGCCCCUUCGGAGUGCUAGGCACCCACUCUGAGACAGGAAGUCAGACAUGCAUGGUCCUGCCUCUCAGAGCUAUGGUCUAUUUUGCAAGGAUGACAGUAAAUCAAGGAAAACAAUUCAGCACAGGAACGUGUGUGAUUCCUAGAGGAGCAACUUUUUUAAAAUUGAAAUUUAACUUUUAAUUGGGAUGUCGUUGAUAAACAAUAUCAUGUUGGUUUCAGAUGGACAGCAUAGUGACUCGAUAAUUAUAUCCUUUACUAGAUGCCUGCCACAGUAAGCGCGCUCAGCCCAGCAGCAGGCCAAGAUACUGCGGUAUUACUGGGUGUGGUCUCUGGGCUGUGCGUCUGUCCCCAUCACUGCCUCACUUCAUGAUUUCAAGUUUGUUCCUUUUUAUCCCUUCGCCUAGUUCGCCCAUCCCUGCACCCCUGUCCCUAUGAUAACCAACAGACUAUUGUCAGUAUUUGUGUGUCUAUUCCUCUGUUUGUUUGAGAAAGUGACUUUUGAUCUGAGCCCUAGAGGAUGAAAGAGUAAGCCAUCCACAUAUUGCAGGCAGAGGGUUGGGAGAAGGGGAGCUGAAGCCCUCACAGAGCACAGCCAAGACUUCAAACAAGAGAAAACACGGCUCACCGAGGAACGGAGAGAAGCUCCGUGGGGCUGGGGUGUGGGGCUGGCGUGAGGUGGGGAGGGGUUGGCUAAAGAGAGGAACUGAGGCCGAGCUGGAAAGGCUGAAGGCAUUUGUACCCAAUUCUCAGCACACCGAGAACCCUUGGAAGGUGGUAAGUGAGGACAUCACAAGGCCCGGCUUGGGAAACAGAGACUCAUGCCGCCCUCCGGUGUUUCCGGGGAGGAUGCCCUGCGGCUUCUCUGGGUUGCUCAGCCUCUGGGGUAACUGGAAGAAAAUGUUCUACUGUUACGUAAGUCUGGCUUCCUGGACACACUGGUUGCUCCACACUCCUGCCCGAAAAGCUUCUGGUGAUUCUCCAAGCCCUCGUGGACCGGCUCCAGACCCCUUCUCCUGGCUUCCAGGGCCUUUCUCAGUGGCCCACCUGCUGCCCCCCACUGCGCCCUCAGGCAUGUGUGCCUGACACUGGGGAUGUGCUCAGUACUAGCUGUUGGGUGGGAGAAUGAUGCCCUGCCUUUGGGUGUCCACGUCAGUCUCUCAGAAAUGUGCCCCCCGGCCUUCCUGCUUUGCAGGCAUUGACCCAACGCCUGGAUGGCACCAGCCCUGUGAGCUGCCAGGAAGCACUCAUUCUUCCCUUCCUAAAUCAGCUCAGAAGUCCCUCCUCUGAGAAUCUUCCUCUCUUGGCAGAGCUGAUAGGUCCUCCUCCGGGCUCCCUGGGCCAGUUCUACCUGCAGUUGAUUGUUGUCCUCAUUCUAUGAAGUCACCGUGAGCACUGAACUAGCAAACACUGAACCACUGUUCCUGUGGCAAAUACCGGGUCAGCUGCCUGCAAGCCUCUGCUCAUAGCAUCUUCAGAAGCUGAUCGAUGCGUGACUUCAUGUGUGUUUCUGUUGAAUAUACAUUGUUGAUUCAUCAACGUGGAACUCAGGGUGAACAGCACUUUAUCUCAUGAAAGAAGCUUAUGUGACAUACAUAUCUUCCCUGUAAGGCACAUCACAGCCUUCUUGUGCUUAAGAACAGUAGAAAGCCUUCAGUACCAUGCUUGGGGACCAUUGUAAGCAGUGAAAUCACCAACAAAAAGCACAAAAUUGCAAAAAGGUAGCACUAAACAGACCCUGGAAAGGACAUUUAUUUAUAGCAGAACUGCUGAAACAAGAAGGCAAGUGUUGUCUCGUCUGACCUCAGCUGCAAAUGUGCAUGUCAGGCAACUCGAAUUUUUCAUUACUCUGCAUGCUUAGGAUGAUGCCAAAGCACCCCAAGUACUGAUGUUGGGGCUACAAGUACAUGUUAGUGAAUAGGUGUAUCCACAGAGAGUCCGUGAAUAAUGAGAAUCAAUUGUAUUUGUAGUACAGCAUUUAUUGUUCUGAGUUGAAGUUAGUAAUUUAUGUGCCUGUUUCUUCCAUUAGAGUCUAGGGGCUACACGCGGGCUUCUUGAGUAGCUGGCAUGCAGUAGGGGGACAAUGACAGUGAACCCGGGGCUCCUUCUGUGAGGUUCACCAUAUGCGUUUUCUCACUCAGUUCUCACAAGCAAUCUCUGGGUUAUGUUCUGUCAUUAUUCCCACUUCACAGACGGGAAACCAAGGCUUAAGUGGGGACAGUAAUAGUGCCUGUGGCGAUCUACGGAGUAGUGGAGGUGGGAUUCGCACACAAGCUCUCUGACGCAGACACUCAUGGGCACGAUGGGUGGGCUCUCCUGCCUGUGGCUUUCAGCCCUUGGCUGGACAGGAAACACAGCACUUUUAGCAUAAAUGGCUGGCCAACCUCCAAUAGCGGCAGUAGACCCCAGGGGAGAGGGGAAGGAAGAGUCGCCCCAGGAGGAAGCAGCGCUGGUGGCAGGUGCCCUUACAGGUGGUCGCCGGACGACUGGAUCCACUCGCUGGUCUGAGGAAGGCCAGUGGCGAAGGCCGUCGCUGUCUGGAAGGAAGGGUUUAUGUGGCUGUGACAGGAAGGGUCUGUACAGAGCUGUGGCAAGUGAACUGUCCAGACUGGACCUGUUUGCCCGAAGGUCAAGGCCUAGGCUAGGCCCUGGGGGGCCCUGGGGUGGUCUCCGUGGUUACACGACAGCCCUGGGCAACAAGACUGGUUCCUAGGCAGCGAAGCCUGGGGCCCACAGCGGGCAUGACCUUGGAGCACUGAUGUGGGCAUCCAGCGUGGAGUGCUCCUGUAGGCCUGCCUGCUUUCUGCCGACCGCCCCUGUGCCCAUCCUCACCCUGAGAGGCGCGCUGGGGAGUGCCCGAACCAGGUGACUGCAUACGCCAGGCAUGCCCGUGGACGCCCAAGCUGGAUGACACCGCAUACGGACUGCCCCUCGCUCGUGUCGCCGACCCUUGGAUGCACGGACUGGUCUAUGUGCGGGGCCAGACACCGAGCCCCCGCGGCACGCCCGUCCCGGGGCCCCUGACACGGGACCUGGGCCCCUGGCCGGCUGCCGGCCUCCUGCCGCAUCACGGAGUGGGGUUCUGGCCGGGGGCGCGCUCCUUCCUCUCCUAGGGCACCAAGGCUCGAGGCCCUGUCUGCGGCAGGCGUUCUGAUUCUCUCUGCUCCCCGGGCACGCUGGCUCUGCUCCCGUCAGGGGCUGCUCGCACUGCCAGGGGGUCCUCAGGGGGCCGCAGAGCCAUGGUCCGGCCUCUCGGCCAGGGAGUCCGCCCGCUGCCCGCGCACAGGUUCUGCCGCUGCACCCACGGACUUCGGGUGCGGCGCCCGCGCCCCCGGGCCUCCCCCACAGCCCGCCUCCUGGGGCCCUGGCCCCCCGCCCCCCGCUCAAGGGGCGUCUCAGGAUGCGGGCCACGCUGUGCCCAGGCCCCCGCGAGACCAGCCCCCCACGCCGUGUGCAUCCCGUCCCUGCCGCCCCUCCCUUCCCCACGGCCUCCACCCGGGAGCACAGCGAGGACAGAGCGGCCCCGACGGCGGGGUCCGUGUGCCCGUCCCCACCCCCCGUGCCCCGCAGCCCUGCUUUUCAGGAGACCCGCGCGGCUGCCGACCCUUCUCCUCUCAGGCAGCACCGGGUGCCUCCACUGCGGGGCGCUGUGCCCUCGGGGCCUUCAUGGUGGGAACCCAGGUUCGGUAUGUGACCCGGUAGGGCCCUGGCCCGCCUCCAUCAGCGUUACCUUCCCAUGAGAGGGAAACCCGACCCCGCAAAGCUGUGAAAAGCGGCCCGGGGUUCUCAGAGGCUUCGGGCAGCGGGGCUGCGCCCCCUCUAGGACACGGAGAGACUUCCUACCCUGGGUCUCCCGGGGCGCCUCUCCCCACAGGCACCCUUCCCCUCUCCCCUCUCCCCCGAGGCCCUGGCUGUCACUUCCGCCUCCUGGCCCAGCUGCCCCGCUGUCGCCCUUUGUCCUGCCUCUUGAUAUUCCCCCCCGAGGCCCCAGACUCUGCCCCAUGGUCUGGGCUUCUUCAGCUUUGCAUUUUCACCCAUUUUCCCACGUGUCACAAUAAAAGCCUGGAAGCAGAGCAGCAGAGAGAAAGGUUCUGAGAUGGCAAGGAAGGCAGUAAGAGGAAUGGGUCACAGCAGUGGGGGUACCUGGCUAAGACGCUUCUGUUACGUGGGUUUUGGGGGGACGGUAUGCAAAUGCAUACGUAAGGAGAUAGAUAGAAUGAUACGUAUGCCCAGUGCACUUAAACAAGCUUGUUUACAAUACAAAAUGCUUGCAAAUUAUUUUUCCCAGUCAAAAUCCAUGGCUACUUAGAACUGCGCUGGCAUUUCGGACAGGUGAGUGGGGCGCGUUUUCUUUGUAGGAAAACUUUCACCAUUCUUAAGCUCAUCCUAUAAGCAUGUCCUUCUAAGGUUUCCAGCUAUGCUAUUCUAGUAUUGCCUCUACUUACCUGCCCACAUACUUCCUUCCCUCUAGCCCUACUAGAUUGUCAGCAAACAUCUCUUCUGUUACAUCAUGCCAUUUUAUGUCGCAAUGCCCCGCAACCCCUCACUUCUCUAUCCUAUGCCUCUAAAAUAAUUGCCAGCUGCUUUUCUGAUUCUCCACUAGAUUGUAAACUCUCUGUCCCUAACAAGGAAUCUAGCAGUUAAUGGGUUCUUUAAAAGUAUUUCUUGCACAGAUAAAUGAAAGAAUUAAUGAAUGAGUGAAGAGUUAUAAAAAGAUGACCGUGUAUUUCUAAGCUUUGGUUAAGUUUUUAAAAAUAAAACUUGUGAACUAUUUCACAAAACAUUGUGAAAAUCACUCCUACAAGUAAAUCAGCACACCAAAUAACUUGAAUCAGUCUAAGGAUGUAUGUCUUUAUUUCCAGAAAAUUCUCAGCUUAUCAUCUCUUAUAAUGUUUUCUCUCCCCCAUUUUAACUACUUUUGCCACCUGGAAUAUCAAUUGUACAUGUGUUGGAGUUUCUCAGUCUAUCCUCUUCAAUUCCAUUUUCCUUUUUCUAUGUAUUCAUCCUGUUUUAUUGCAUUCAUGGUGAUUUGCUGCAUAUCAGGAUAGGCUGUGCUAUGCUGUGCAACAGAGACACUCAGAAGGCAGCACAAAGGUUUAUUUUUGCUCAUGUCCCGAUUUGAGGCAGGAAGGGGAGCUCUGAGACAGGUCUUCACUGAGAUAUGGCAGAGCAUCAACUUGUGGUGCCACCAUCAACAUGUGGUCUUCAUGAUCCCCGAGGAAGGAGAUGAUUAUCCAGGGCGUCUUGUGUCCAGGCCUGAAAAUGACACUUGACUUUCACGCUCUCUCACAUUCCAGCCACAUGGUCCUGCUCUCAUUUCAAGGGCAUCCAGGUUGUGCCAAGGACGGGGAGGUGGAACUGCUGGGUCUCUCUUUUCCAAUACACUGUGACUCUCUUUUGCCUUAUCUAGUCUAGUAUUUAUCACAUCUACUGCAUUUUUUACUCAUAUUUUUAUUUUCAAUGAUUUUGGCUUAUUUUUAAAUAUGCCUUUUCCCAUUGAAUAACCUACUGCCAUUUUAAGUAUACUAUUUCCUCAUUCGUCUCUGAGGACUCUAAACAGGCUUGUUUUAAACGCUUUGGCCAGUCAUACUGUCAUUUCUAUUUCUUUAGGUGCCAUUUGUCCUAUUUGUUGCAUCUGCCAACCAGCUUUCAAUGUGAUGGACGUCAUUAUGUGGACGUGAGAAGACUAAAGUUCGUUGGACAUGCCUGACAGAAAGCAACGGCCAAAUCCACCCACACCUGAAUCCCAUCGGCCUUGGCAAAGGGGCUGCAGCAGCAUUUUCUCCCAAUUUGGAGAGAGCAGCUGGGUGUUUAUUUAAAAUGCGGUUUCUGGGACCCUGCCACGUCCCUGAAUCAGACUCUUCAGUGAUGGGACACAUGCGUUUGCAACUUCAACAAAUACCUGGAUUCUUAAGAAUGUUGAAAUUUGAGAGCCACUGUUUGGGGAGUCCUAAGUCAUAGCAGAUGCACAGACCAACGUUCGGCGCUACCAGGGCUCUGGGCUGGGCCAGACCACCGCAGGCUCCUCCCAGGUGAGAGGCCGGAUGCACAGCCCGGUCCUUAUCUACCACAUCAAACCAGCAGAAACAGAUGCGUUUCUACACGCUGGGCCAGUAAUAAAAGUAAAAAUUCCAAAAGAUAAGGAUGGUAAACCAAAGCAGUUUGCAUUUGUGAAUUUCAAACAUGAAGUAUCUGUUCCUUAUGCAAUGAAUCUACUUAAUGGAAUCAAGCUUUUUGGAAGACCCAUCAAAAUUCAGUUUAGAUCAGGAAGUAGCCAUGCCUCACAGGAUGUCAGUCUGUCAAGUCCCCGGCAUCAUGUUGGAGAUUUGAGCCCUACCUCCACAUCUCCCAGCAGGUAUGAAAGGACUGUGGAGAACAUGAGUCCAUCAGCACAGACAAUUCAGAGAUCUCCUGAAAAUUUUCAGAGACAAGCAGUGAUGAACAGUGUUUUGAGGCAGAUGCCGUAUGGCGGGAAAUUUGGUUCUCCGCACCUGGAUCAGUCAGGAUUUUCCCCGUCAGUUCAGUCACAUAAUCAUACUUUUAACCACUCUUCGAGCUCCCAGUGGCGCCAAGAUACACCAUCACCACAGCGGAAAGUCCGGCAGAAUCCUCACCCCUACAUGGCGGACAGACACUAUGCCCGCGAGCAGCGUUACCCUGACCUUGGGCCUGACCACCACUACAGAGGACGCAGAGAUGAUUUCUUCUAUGAAGACAGGAGUCCCGAUGGCUGGGGCCAUGACUACGAGAACAAGAGAGACGCCAGUAGAGAGGGGAAGUGGCGUUCGUCUCGACACUGACGAGGGUUGAAAGGAAGACGUCCUUGGAGGGUCAUUCUAGGCCCUUUUGGCCAAGAUGAUCUGGGGAUGUUCUGUUAGAACUGUACAGAGCAGCUUUACGGAUGGCCAUAUUUCUUCAUAAAAAUUUUAAAACCUGUUGCUCCAAUCUAAUACAGAAUGAGAAUAAUUGUUCCAUUUUUAUUACAUUAAUGACCUUUCACCUCAGGGUUUUAUGAAGAGGAAAGGGUUUUAUACAUAAGAAAGAACCACAGUUCCUACUCAUUUUAGACAAUUGAGGAAGGGAUGUAUCAUAUGGAUUGGUUGUAUUAUAAAGCAAAUAUUUUAAUGAUCUGUUAUCUUUUUUGUAAUGCAAGAAGUUUUUUGUUAGUAAGAUAAUUGGUGUAUAUAAUAGAAAACAUUCCAGUUAGUCUGAAAUGACUAUCAGUAUUUUGUUAAUACAUGAGAAAAUGUAAUUUCAGUGAUUCAUUUUACUAACAUUUUAUUGGAGAAAGCCUAUUGAUAAAGUUUGGGGAUGAAUCAUAUUGUUAAAUGCUUUAGAGAAUUUAAACACACAUUCUGUGACAUUCUCUUUUGAGUUUUACCCUAACUGAACAUACAAGUAUAAAUCUGCACAUGCUCUCAUUCUGAAAUUUUAGAACUUGCUCGUUAAAUCAUGUUUGAAGUUGCUCAGGAAAUUAAAUAUCUCUAAAUGAACUUUUUUACAUAAAAAAUACAGUAUUAUUAUAAAUCCCUUUUUUUAGGAAGAAGAACAAUUUUAAUGCAUGGUCAGAUAAAAUGGUAAAAUGUUUCACUGAAAGUAUACUUUUUUGGAAAAAAAGGUUCAUGAAACCUUUAAGUGCUGCCUCUAUCACUCAAACUUUAAAAAUUUGAACAUUUUCAAAGCACCCAGGGUAUGUAUGAGCAUACAUUUUAUUAUGGAGAAUGUAUAGGUUGCUUUUUUUGUUUGAACAUUUGAUAGAAUUUAGUCUUAAAACUUUUCUGAUUUAAAAAAUUUUUAAAUCUAAUUCAACAAAACUUUCAUGUAUUAAGAUACUAAUUCCCUUUCAUUGUGGAACUUGUUUAUAAAAAUCCAUUCCUUGAAAAAUUUGGGUCUUUUUUAAUAUUAACUAUAAUAUUUGUACUAUGUUGCUUUUUAAUAUAUUGAAAAUACAAAAAAGGGGUCUGACCUGUUUUUUGACUUAGAGACAUUGUACACAAAAAGUUAACAAAAUACUUUUAUUCCAUGAUUGCCUGGUGUUAAGAAUGGCAGUUCUUCCCAUUUGGAGCAUCGAGAAAUACACCUUUUGUACAUAAUAGACUUAAUAUUUUAGAAUCAGAUUUUCAGUGACACACGGAUUAUUAUUCUGAGCACUGUAAACUAGCUUCUCCCGGGUCCCUAGGAGUCGAUACACAUUCAGGUUUUCUGUUUCUAAAUGUAUGGAGUUUCCUGUGUGCAGGUAAAUGGAGCUGAUUACUCAGCAGAGAAAGCGUCAAGGUAAAACGUGUUUGCUCAAGCAGGUUAGUAGAACAGUUUGUUUCCAGUGAGUCCAUUACCUUCAUGUGUCCCAUAUUCCAUAGCAUUUGUAGAUACAAACACAUACUAAUAGUGCUGUCUUGUAGCUUACCUGUGGGUCAGAGCCUCUCAUAUUGAUUCCUUCGUGAUCCCGGUUCAGGAUCAUCUUUUCUUACAGCCUUUGUAGCACCCCUGUGAGGUGUGCUUCACCCCAGAGCCAGAUGAAAGUAAGCAGCCCAAAUCCUGUGUGCAGGGAUAGAAAAGGACACCCUUAAAGAGCUGAAUAUAGCUGGUGAGAUAGCUCACCAAGGUAUUGAGAGCGACAGAAAGGGAGAGACUGCUUUUGUGGGAUUAUAAUUUUCUUUUUCUUUGUGUUUCUCUAGACAGCUCCAGGAAGGCGGAAAUCGUAUAUUACCCCUGAAGUCCCGGUAUCCAGUGUGCCUGGCAUAUGUAUAAUGCUUGGUGAAUUUUUGAUGAAUGAGCAAAGGAACAUUUGUCAAAGAAUUGAAUUUAAAAAAACGGAGGCUUCAGCAUAGAAAAUUGUUUCAAAAAUAGUUGUUCUAACCUUCAACCACUAUUGCAUUCUAUUAUAAGAGCUAUGUAUCACAAUAUAUAUUAUGCCUUUAAAACACUAUAGAAUUAUAUUUUUCAAAAAAAUUUUUUUUG